AAUUUUGGCUCAGCCUUCGAAGAGUAGAAGUUUACUGAAACGUUUUUGGCAAUAUUUGAUCUGAGAUAUGUUGUUUUGUGCUCUAGCUCUACAAGAGUCCUGUUCACAUGGAACGUAAUUUUUACUAAACAUACCCAGAAUUUAUAUAUGUGAUCAUAUUAUCCCAAAUUUUUCGAUUCUGGGUUCUAGAAAUGAAAGGUCAUUCCAAUUCAACGUUGCCUCCAGGAUCAGUUCUAAUACAGUCUGGCCAGGCCAUUUCUCAGACUUCUGGCAUAGCUGCUCUCCAAACUAACAGUGUCGCAAGUGGUCCACAGAAUCUCCAAGUGUGGACUCCGUCACCAUCUGGAGCUAUUACGGUUUCGGGUAUCCCAUCAUCAAGGAGUUCUGCCAACUUGGUUACUCUCCCCUCUGGCCAGACUGUAUUGAUGGCCAAUUUGGUAACAACGGCUACCACAGCACCGAUUUCUCUUUCAACAUCUUCAAUUGCUAAACAACAAAUCCAAGUUCCAACCGGUCUUCCACCUGGUGGGCCCAUUGUCAUAUCUAAUCCCAAUUCUGCUGGUCCACUUGCUACACAGCUCACGAAUCCCACUGUCAUACAAGGUCCUAACGGUCAAAUGUCAGUGGCAUUACCAGGUGGCAUAAUAAGUAGCAAUACAUUAAACUCAUUCAAUAGUUCAUCCACUGCCUUUGUUUCAAGCACAUUGGGAAACAUAUCUACCGAUCAACCUGUACAUAUCGCUCAGAUUGUUGAUAAUCAUUUGCGUCCAGGAACGGCUUGUUUCACAACAAAUGCUGGCUUUCAGGGAAUAACACCUAUGAAUCAAGUACUUUUGGACUCAACAAGUUUUAAUCUUGGCAGUGCUCAAACACAAAACAAGUUGAUUAAUAUGUCGUCCAUCAGACCUCCUGGACUUGUGUCUUCUCCCAUGCAACCAGUUCACCCUGGUAAUUCGUUCGCUGCAGCUGGAAAUAUUCCUAGAGGUUUGUCUGUCAACCUUUCUUCUGACAUCACAAACACGCAGUCAAAACCAUCAGUUUCUCAACCAGUCAUUGUCUCUACUUCAAAUUUGCCUGUCCAAGAAGCAGCUAUAUAUCCAGUUCAAGAUGAAUGCUCAUCGGCAAUGCAAAAUGGUACUCCUACUUCGGGUCCAGUUACAACAUCUGUGGUUGAUGUUAGCUCAACUAACAAUCCAUCUAUUUCAACUGCUGGAGUUACUGUCGUCGAAAUACCUUGCUCACCUGAAAAUGGUCAAACAAAUCUCAACUCAAAGUGCAUCACUGAUGAGCAAACCAAUUCCGUUUUCACAUCAAGUUCCUUAUCUGAGUUGUUAACUGAAUUUGAACCUCAUUUACAACUAGAUCCUGAUGUUGAAGAGGUUAUAACUAAUUUAGCUAAUGAAUUUAUUGUAAAUUGUGCAGAAAAAGCUCAACAACUUGCUUCACAUAGGGGUAUAUCAAAUGUUGAAGCAAAAGAUGUUGUAUUUUGUAUGGAACGCGAUUGGAAUGUUAUUGUCCCAGGUUUUGCUACUGAGGAACGAAUUGUACGUAAAAGUUUCACAACUGAAGCACAUAAACAGCGCUUAGCUUUAAUUAAAAAACAAAUUAAAAAAAUGUGAAUAUAUAUAUAUCUCUUUGUACAUUCAAAAUUCUCCUGUUUUUUUACGUCUCCCCUCUGUAUUACACUUAUAUUUAUUUAAUUCUGCCUUUUGUUGACUUUUACUUCUUUAGUGGGGAAAACUAUUUCUUUUUUAAAUAAAAAGAUUAUUCAACGUAAAUUAAAUUGUUUUAUAUCAUAGUAAUUAUUAUGUAGUUUAUUUUGGGUGACAGAUUUCAUUUCUUUAAAUUGAUAUGUUACAAAAUACCUGAUUGGUAUUGAAUUACUCUUAUGUACCAUGGUCUAAUACAUUUUCCAAGCUAGAAAAUACGAUCAAAAUUAUUUGUAUGAACCAGUUUUUGUUUUUCAAAUCAACAUUAAACAACUGUAAAUUAUCUUUAAAUUAAAUAAGAUAAUUUAGAA